UCACGCUCAGAGAGAGGUCUCCGGCCUCUGGUCCGGGAUGAGGCGCUUUCUUAGUUUUGUCAAAGGCCUCCUUGCUCUGUACGUCGCCUCGUCCUUCGAGAUUCAAGAAGGAUGCAGAGUGCGAGAACUCAUCGAGGAAAACGAAUUCUUGUUUGACUCUUUGGACUUCUUGGCCGUCUUCCCUCGCAGUCAGAGGGAACUGAAGGUACUUGUAAAGUGCCGCGAGAGAAGUGAUCUCAUCCACAUCAAUUCAGACAACAUAACAUGGACCAAGAAGCAGAUGGGGAAGCAAACAACAGAGUCUGCUAGCAUUCCUCUCGCACAUAGCAUCACGGGCUGGGAAAGAUUCACCCUCUCCUUGAAGGACAAAUUAACCCUCAAGGAUAGACAGAACAACUCAUGGGCGCCAUUCGACAUUCCCCUUUCAUGCCAUCCACAGGAUGUCUCCAUCAUAGGCAAGCACCUCACUCGCCAGUGCUCGCCCCAAACGCCCACGUGGGUGGUCAAGGACAAGAAGGUCGACAUUCCUCUCUUCAAUGGAAGCGAGGGAGUAAGGGAGGCCCUGACGCUGUUCUCCUUGCUGCCCUUUGGCCCUACCUUCAGCAUCUGCGACACAAGCUUCUCUUUGGGACUCCGUAACCAAAAGCUGGUGACAGGAUCCGAACCCUUGGAAGGCUCCACAUUCAGCCUUUCCCUCAGUGUACUCCCUGAUAACACGUUAAAGGUGGAGAACGAGGGAGAGCUGUUGGUUUCGAACAGCCUGAAGGCGACGCCCGAGAGCAUGGGGAUUCUAGGCCGCGAAGGAGAUAGAUUCGUGGUGGUGCAGCAUCUUCUGCCUCGACGCUUCGCCGAUGAGACUGAGGACGUGGGACAUCCUGAUGAGAAGAAGGAAGAUCAGUGCCAGAAACUAGAUGUCAUAACUUGGACUCUCGCUGGCAGUGUGGCCACUAUGAUUGUCGCCUUUAUUGUCCUUCUCAUCAUUCAUUAUUUAUCCAAACGCACCAACAAGCUUGGGAAUUCGAUGUCCAUCCAACCAGCAUGCAACACCGUACAGCCCGAAGCAACACCCUCCACGGCGCAAGGCCCUCCGCCUGCUCCUGGCCCUCCGCCUGCCCCCGGCCCUCCUGUCCCCUCGACGCCGCCAUCUAAUAAUCUCUCCCGAAAAUCACCAACUGCCGCCGCUCAUCUGACCUCACAGACGCUUUCUGAGAUCAGCUUACCAGGACCUUCUUGGCUUCCAUUCCCCGCCGACCUUGGAGCCCGUGACCAUAAGGGCGACGAUGAACAGGCCGUAUACUUCGAGAUGGAUCUCUGUGCCGGCACUCUCCCGCCGCCGAAGUCAUAUGCACUCCCAGAAGUCCAUUGCGAGAGUGAAGAAACCAUCAAUGACAUGUACCAAAGUGCUGGUUCGCCCGUGGAGCUUCGUCAGUGACAGCAGCGGCCUUGCACUAGCUCUGACCGGCUGCAAUGCGGAGGAAAAGGAUGAAUUCUAUGAAGAACUCGAUGACGAAUUGAAAGAUAUACCAACGAGUUAAAAGUUAUGGAUUGUAGGGGACUUUAAUGGCCACUGGAAAUGACAACAUUGG